AUGUUGGAGCGAUUUAAAAUGAAAUUCCCUUCUAUAAGACCAACUACAAUCAUGAUUGAUUUUCAGACAGGCCUCCGGAAUGCUUAUACUGCAGUUUAUCCCGAAGAAAACCUAUUUUCUUGUUGGUUUCAUUACAUUUUUAGUCUACAGAAGAACAUUAAAAAGUUGGGUUACACACGUUAUGUUAAAGAGAAUAUGGCAGCAAAAAUGACUGCAGCUUUAGCACUAUUACCAGAGUAUCAAAUAGAAACGGGUUUUGAAGACGUAAAAAUGUACGCUCAAGCUAAUAAUGUUCAGCUUCCAAGGCUCUUUACAUAUUUUURUAGCUUUUGGAUUAUUAGGAAGGGACCCGAAUGUUUUACUGUACAUGGUCAACCACGCCGUACAAAUAACAACGUGGAAAGUUUUCAUUCGUCCCUAAAGCAAACUUUUCAGGUACUGCAUCCAAACCUAUGGAAAUUUCUAGCAAACCAUUGUGUGCAGCAACUGGCUAGGGGUGUGACAACAAUAAGGUCCACUAAAUUUAAAUAUAUUUUAAAUUCAGUGAGAAUAAGAAAUUCCACGGACCUUUUAAAGACUGGUGUAAUAACCGUGAAAGAGUUCCUCAUUCAAURCUCUCAUGCUGCCGACUCUUAUUUAGAACGAGAAUUGAACUGGGAAGAUGAAGCUCAAAUGGGCAUUGAGGGCACAUAUUUAAGUCCCCAAAAAAAUUAUGUGUGUAAUUUUGGUAUAACGUUAGAGUUGAUAAUUACUGAUACUGAUAAUUUUGUCUUGUAA